CAUGGCCUAAAAGAGAGAAUUAAUUAAUUCGUCCACCAAAACAAAAGGUCACACGCUUGAGAGAGAAAGAGUGCGCAGAGUGAGCGAGCAUAGCGGUGGAGUGUCGUCACUGCUAACUCUGACGAUUUCUCUUGUUUACGUAGCCGAAAAGAUCACUCUCUGUUGGUGUCGACUCUGUUUCUGGGAGCCGCGACGUGAAGGUUUGAUCUUUCCACUGAAACUAGCUAUCAAGAUGAAUUCAUUUCCUUCACAAAACUUGAUGCUAUCUGCUACAAACGCAAACAAGGGCGCAGGCUUGCGUACGUCUAAUGCUCAUUGGUUACAUUCCUGUAUCGCCGUUCCAAAGACCACAGGCAUUGAUCUUUCUCAAGCAAAUCCUGCUGAAGGUGUGAUGGUGCCUCAAUCUCAUUUGUUUCCUCCUCCUACUAGAGAUUCCAGAAAUGAUAUGGAAACUGUGAAACAGAAGUCUGUAAAUCAGUCUCCUUUGAAGUCUUUGAAGCCAAACCCGCCAAGGAAGAAACGCUCUGCAUCCAACAAGUCAAAGAAAACACCGAGCAUACCAGAAACAAAACGCGAGAAAAAGAAUCUGGACAUCAACAUUGACAUCUCAAGCUUUGAUACUUCUGGGGUUCCUCCUCCUGUUUGUUCAUGUACAGGCGUUUCAAGGGUUUGCUACAAAUGGGGCAUGGGCGGUUGGCAAUCCUCAUGCUGUACCAUCAGCAUAUCGACAUACCCACUACCCAUGAGCACCACAAGACCCAGGGUUCGUCUUGCUGGAAGAAAAAUGAGCAAUGGUGCUUAUGUCAAGCUCCUUGCUAGGCUUGCUGGCGAAGGUUAUAACCUCUCUCACCCUGUUGAUCUCAAGAACCAUUGGGCCAGACACGGUACUAACAAGUUUGUGACCAUCAAGUAGUCGUUUCAUUAGUUGGGUUUGGUUUUAGAUUUUAGCUUUUGUGGUUUCCAUGUAAGUCAUAUUUACACUUUUGGCAUCUUUGUAUAUAUGUUUCGUAGUUGCUUUAACAUCAUAUAGGACGACACUUAUUUUCCUUUAGGAGGAAUGUUUGGUACUGCAACAAUGGAUCAAUUAAGUUUCUUUCAUUCU